AUGUUAUUCCCCAGCAACUUCGCCAUGGCCGCCGUCCUUUCCACCCUCGCCACCGGAAUCCCCGUCUCAGGACCCCAAGAUCUCCAAGAAUUCACAAAGAGAACGCUCCCAGCCGAUCCAUCAUUGAUCUCCGUCACCUUCCCCCGGAUCAAGAAAGCGGCCGAGAAACUCGGGCUCUUCACAAAGCAGCCCAAAGGUCCUGCUCCUCCUGCUCCGGUGAUCGUUGAGCGACCAAACAAAUUGCAUGGUGUGGCAUAGAGGGGAUCUGAACUUGAACGCGAUCCGGAGCCAGUGUUGGGUCUUAACGCUUUGAAGGCUGCUGCUGAGAAUUAG